AUGUCGCUGCAGCCUUCCUCUGAGGGCGGCCGAACAGCCCCUCGAUGGAUCUACGAUCUCCUUUCCGGCCUCAUACACGAAGUCGAGAAUUCUGUGAAAUUGUCCGUGGACGAACGUCUUGCUUACCUCCAACCUGAACUGUUCUCUCAUUCGCACGACUUCAAGGUCUUCCCAGAGCAGAGCAACAUCGAGGGCGCGAACCCGACUAUCUUGUCGCUUCUGUGUCGAGGCUGCGAUCACCACAUCGUUGUCAAGGUCGUCUACGAUGAGUCCCGCGCUCAAGGCCUUUGCAAUGCUGGAGUUGCCCACUACACUGGUAGCCUCGACUGUCCACCCGAGGCCGAGGACCUGGCGCACCAUCUCGUUCACGAGAGCACUUGGUCAUCCAAGGAAUGCGAGCAGCUGGCUGACCCCCAUCGGUCUCCCCUGGUCGGCCGGACACAGUACAAAUGUUCGGGCGCCUCCUGCUCCCUACAAGUGACCGUGGAAACGUAUCUCCCUCGUCUCAACCUUGAGUGGCUCAAGGCACUUCAAGACAUGAAUGUUUCCUUCGGCGAAGAACUCUGGCCUCUCUUCAACGCACUGGGUUUCGUGGAGCAAACGCUUGACAACGACGGUGCUGAUGAGGACUAUUUCGUUCCUGAGCCUCUCGAACCCCCUAAUCCGCCCACGCAGAUUGGAACGCUACGCUCGUUCGUCGAAGACAUGCGCUUCGAAGUUGAGAACCGCAUCAUCGCCCUCGGCCAGCAAGGCCCUGCAUCGCCACACCAUGACUCAGCUGUAGACCGGCUAGAGAAAGCGCUCCAUUGCUUCAACUGGCCGCAGAACAAGUCUUUCCAUGUCCAGAGCAUUAACCCGCGCGAUGCUGAAUUCUCGCUCUUGGGAGUUCUUCCCAACUUUGACAAGAGCCUGACGCUCUUUGCGUACUACCGCCAGUGCCUGAUAUGGCCUGCGAACCGCAAGCUCCUCACUGAUGCACUCGCUAAUAAUGCGAAACGCCUGGGAGAUGACGAACUGAUGCUUCAGGCGACUGUGGAGGAAUCAAAGAUCGACCACCCUGGUGCCGCCGUGAUUGCAAACGGUGACAACGAUGACACAGCCAUGAUAUGGCAGGCCGCUUCUUUUUUCGGCCUUGACAACAUUCAAGCAGUGGGCGACCAUGUCAUUGUGAGCAAAUUCAAGGAGAAGGUUCAGAACGAUCCAGGACAAGAAGGUCUCGCCAAAGAGUUCCUUCUGGUUCUGGGUCGUUCGAGGAAGAGUGACCGCUUGAUUGAGGCGGCGCAAGGCCCAAUGUCUCUCAACACCGCUUUUGUGUGGCUCGAAGCGAAUGAACAGUAUGACGACGAGUUCAUCGAGACCAUGGCUAGCACCAAGAUCAAGAGCCACCCUGGAAACCAGUACAUCAAGGAUGAAUGCCUUGAAGCUCUCGAUACGAUUUCGCGGAACAGAAAGAGCGACCGUCUCGCGGCAUUUGCCCAGGAACUCAUGCUAUCGCAAGACGACCAGCUCACAGCUGCCCAAGCGCUUGUGGUGCGCUAUGAUCUCCCCGUCGGCCUCAAGAACAUUGGCAACACAUGUUACCUGAACAGCAUCCUGCAAUAUCUCUACACUGUCAAACCGGUGAGAGAUCUAGUCCUCAACUUCGACGACCACAAGUUGGACCUCAGCGAUGAGAGCAUCGCCGCACGUCGCAUUGGUAGCAACCGCAUGCCGCUGACCCGUCCUGAUGCUGUUGUAUCAUUCGCAUGCGCCGAGGAGCUGUGGAAGCUGUUCAACAGCUUGUACCCAAGCGACCAAGUUGCCGUCAAACCCGCACAGCGCCUGGCCAACGCUGCCCUCUUCCUGGUCCAAGAGGUUGCGGAGGGUGCUUCGAAGGACCAGGGCUCUAGCCAGUCGAAGAGUCUACCCGAUGUCAUGGGCAACAUCGACAUUGUCAUCGUAUCUGUGGACGCGGUCUCUGACGCUGCUAGCACCGGCAGCAGCAAGACCCUGAUCGGCGAUGCUAUGGAGAUUGAUGUCAACUCGGACAAGGUGGGCGGCCCCUUGGAAGGAGAGGUUCUACCUUCCAUCGAGGGCGAUGCUGGACACUUGCAGAGCAACCAAGACACUGCCGUCGCUGUGGCUGACAGUGACGAUCCCAUGAACGACGCACGGGUUCUUGCUGCUCUCGAGACGCAGAAGCGCUCGUCUGGUACUGAACAACAGGAUGUCGGAGAAGUUUUGGGUCGCUUGUUGGAUAGAGUCCAGGGCGCCAUCAAGCACACCCGUGUUACGGAAGAUGGCAUGCAGCUCGACCUCAUCAUGGAUAUCUUCUACAUCUCGAUCAAAACUCGCAACCAGAAAGAUGGGCAAGAGCCUCAAGUCCAAGUAACGUUCGACCGCUACGUUAGCGCCUUUCCUUCUCAAAGCGGACCGUGUGACAUCAACGAUGCUCUCAGUCGGAACUUCGAUCUCGAGUACGUCGAAGACAGCGGCUACACUCGAUACAGUGGCAUUGAUUGCUCGGUCAAGCCGCCCACAAUCUUGCAAGUGAUGAUUCAGCGCACCAGCAGCAAUGGCACGAAGAAUGGCAAUCCGGUGAUCGUUAGCGAGGAUCUCUAUCUGGACCGCUUCGUUGACGCCGUGCCUGGGUCGCGACUUUACGAGUACCGGAGCGCCAGCUGGACUCUCCAGAAGCGGAUUCUCCAGCUUGGCGAGUUACCCGCUGCGCCCAAGGUUGACAACAGCGACCUCCUCGGCCAUUUCAUUCGACGUGGACUCGACACGCCUCCGACGGAGACUCUUUCAGACGCGCCCGAGGAACCCGGUCGAGUCGUGAAGCACGCGCUGCUCAGCCCGCCCUCGCCCCCGAAGCUCGCGAAGAAGCUCCGACAGGUUCGGUCGCACUGCACAACCGAGCACCGAUUUCGAUGCACCGCCGUCGAUCAUCGCACCUUUCUCUCGUGGGUGUAUCACAUCAGCCAGGGCUUACUCUUUGAUAGGAUUGAUGCUGUAGAGCACAACCUCCUGAUCCUCAAAGCUUUGAGCCUUCGCCGCAGGCCCGGCCUCAUCGGCAGCGGUGCCCUUUUCCGACACCACUGGCACCUACUCUUCCGAACUCGCGCUGAAAUGGCCUACUGGGUCGCGUACACUGUCAUGCAGGCUGCCGAUCAGACGCUCUCGCGUCAGCUGUACCAGCCAUUCCAGAGAUGA